AUGGGUAAGUAUGACCCAACUGCUAAAGGUUGUCGUUUACUUAAAAUUGUUUUUGGUGCUUCAAAGUUUCAGCGAAUUACACUUGCUGAAUGGAAACGUCACAGAGUGGAAAUGAAAAAAGAAGCUAAAUGGUCUCGUUUAUUGAUUAGGCCAAGUCUUACUCGUGAACAAUUGGAAACUGAGAAAAUUGAACGUACUAAGAAGCGAGAUGAAUACAAUAAAAGAAUGAGUGCCAAUGUGACUGAAAGAACAAAAAACCACUAA